UGAGUGUCACAAUUAAGUUUAAUUUGUGUUAGUGAAUCAAGUUAAAAAGUUACAUCAACAUGGUUAAUAUUAAAUUGUUCAUUUGUUGCUACUCUUGAUUGUUAUCAAUUAAAUAAACUCAAUCUGAUUAUGUUGAUUUAAUCAGAAAAAAAAGUGAGGAUAAAGUUAAUCAAAUAAUUUAAUUUUUGUUUCAUCGGUGAUAAAUUGUAACAAUUAUAAUCACAAUUUACCUUCAUCUUUUCAAUGAAGACACUUGAGAAGGAAAAUUAAAUGUUAGUUUGCAUAAUUUGUUUUCUAAUCGUCACAAUUAACUACAAAAAAAAUGUAAUUACAAUUGAUUGUUGUUUACAAGUUAAAGGUUCAGUUUGAUUAAAUUUUUCUAUCAUGGAUUUUAAUUGUGAAUAAAGACAAGAUUGAUUGGAUUAAUUAUCUUGACCACUAGGACCUUUUGAAAUAAUGAAGUUCAUUGGUAUUUCACUUAGAAUUACCAUCGCUCUUCUCGUGCUGAUGAGCAACAAUUUACUAAUCAAUGGACAUUCUGAAAAUGAAAGUAGCCUCAAAGAGGAAGUUUCUUCAUUUUCACAACCACUUGAACAGAAUGAAUCAACUCGAAGUGCUUUUAUCAGUGCCAAUGACGUGAAUAAAAAUCUUUCGUUGAACAUUACUGAAGUGAGUGUGAAGACGCUCAUUGGAAAUCACAAGAAAUUACCCUUAGAGCCGACAGUUCGAACUCGUUCGAGUGAUGAUCCCGUUACCAGACAUGUUCCUAUUAACAUCAGGAAAAGAUCAACACCCACCAAACAAUCAUCUUACAAAGUGAGAUCAGGAAUUAAAUCAAAAUUGUAUUACGAUCAAAGUGAACUAUAUUGGAAAUCAAAUUCAUCACUACUUGAAAAGUUUCACGUUAGAGCAUUUCACCAUGAUUACCUGGGCGAAUUGAGUGCUAGGUGUAGAUCAUCAAACCAACAAUACAACAGUGAAAUUAAGCCAUCUUUCAUAGUUGCUGCCGUUAAAGCGGCCACUGAAAGAGUAGACAAAGAAAUCGCCGAAGCUCUUGAAAAUGCUAAAUCGGGUAAUAUCAUUGCCUCAAAUAUCAUCUCUGCCGAUGGUCGUCAUUUGAUAACAGGUAAACUACCUGAAGAAAUUAAAGAUUAUAUUGAUCAAGAAGAAGCUCAAUACCUUGAAUACGUUGCUAAAAAUCUGCAAGAAAGAAUGUGUAUUCGACCAGUUGAUGUGAUUGAAAAAUUGACUAAAGUUCCAAUUUCAUCGUUACAAUCCAAGUUUUUGAAAUGUUCUCGGAACCAUGGUAACUUCGCAGGUAAUAGCACUGGAACAAGAUGUAAAAAUUCAAGAUAUCGAGCUUACGAUGGAUUUUGUAACAACUUGAGGCAGACAUUUUGGGGUAAAUCUAACAUUUGCCAUGUAAGAUUUUUACCUCCAUAUUAUGAGGAUGGUAUUUAUUUACCUCGAUCGCGGGGAGUUUCUGGUCAACCUUUACCAUCACCACGUACGAUUUCAUUGGGUCUCCACGAGUCUGGCGAGGGCGAAACCUAUUACACUCCCUGGCAUUUUACUUGGGGUCAAUAUGUUAUCCAUGAUAUUAUGUCAACCCCACAAAGUGUCCCAAGUCAUGGGUCAGGAGUUCAGUGUUGCUCCCCAGGAAUUCAUGAUGAAUCCAAGUGUAUGCCAAUCAUGUUAUCCAAUGAAGAUUUACAAGCAUCGUCCAGAAAGUGUAUCAAUUUCAUCCGAUCAGCUCCUUGUCCACUUUGCUCAUUGGGUCCAAGGCAGCAAACAAAUUUGGCCUCUUCUUAUAUCGAUCAAAGUGCCAUGUAUGGAGGAGACAACCAAACCGUUGCGUCACUACGCACCUUUAGAAGUGGUCUUAUGAAGACAGGUAGAGAUCGUUUCAAUAGGCCAAUCCUUCCGGAUAGUAAAUCUCCUCUUACCGAUCAAUGUAGUAAACCAGCCUUGGGAAAAGAUAAAGUUUGUUUCGGUUCAGGUGAUUUUCGAGUUAACCAACAACCUUUUAUCCAAAUGAUACAUUUAAUUUUCGUCCGUCGACACAAUCAACAUGCUUCAGGAUUAGCACGAGUUAAUCCUCGAGCAUCAGAUGAGAUACUUUUCCAAGAAGCUCGUCGUUUAACUAUCGCUGAACUUCAACAUAUCACUUACAAUGAAUAUCUACCAGUUCUUCUUGGAUCAGAAAUGAGCGAUUAUUUUAACAUCAUCGAAAAGGACACUUUGUUUUCAGAAUACGAACAAGAUAUUGAUGCAACUACUUGGAAUGAAUGUGCCGCUGCGGCCUGUAGGUUCGGCCAUUCACAGGUAACCUCAUUCAUGGCGAUUGUUCAAUCGGAUGCGAAACUUUCUCUUAAAGAUUCGUUCUUUGAUCCAAAGUUGAUCCAUUCGGGCUUGACUCCGAAUUUGAUUGCAACUUUUCUGAACGGCAAAUCAGCGGUAAUUGAUCCGUUCUUGACAUCAUCAUUGAAAAAUUAUCUCUAUUUUCAUUCUGGACAAGAUGCGUUUGGAAGUGAUUUAGCUGCGUUCAAUAUUCAAAGAGGUAGAGAUCAUGGAAUCGCUCCUUACACUGAAUAUGUCAAGUUCUGUUUUGGUUACACAAUUAGAAGUUGGAAUGAUUUAGUUAACUUGAUGCCAAGAGAAAAUGUACAAAAACUUAGAAAUUUUUAUCAAGAUUUCCGAGAUAUUGAUUUGUUCACCGGUGGUUUAUAUGAAAAGAAGGCGACUGAUGCCGAUAUUGGACCGACCUUUGCUUGUAUAGUUGGUAUACAAUUUUAUCAUCUUAAAUUUGGCGAUCGAUACUUUUACUCUCACAAGGAUCAGGCCGGUUCAUUUACUACAGCUCAAUUGCUUGAGAUUAAAAACAAAGUAUCUUUGGCUGCUCUUUGUGUCAAACGGAACCGAAAUUGAAAUACGCUCAACAACACGCUUUCUUAUUGCCGAAUUAUUUUAACCCAAACUUCGACUGUGGCGAAUUGAGAAAAAGUUCUAUUAACUAUAAUUUUUGGCGAGGAGCAUUUUAGCUGCUUCUGAAGAAGC